UCAGAAAUACAGUCGACUGCAAAAUUUUCAACCAAAAAUGCUAUUUCUAUCUUUAUGAUUCUAGAUUUCAUUAUUCGGUUUUUCCAAAAUCUGUUUAGAUCUUUCAGGCGUUCUUCAGUUCAUCGAAGAAUGGGAGACUCCAUAAGUGAAAACAAGCCCAUUUUGGUCUCAACCAAUGUUAUCGUUCCGCCGAUUCCAAAACUUGGCGACACGCACACAUAUUGGAUAUGGCAUAUGCUGGUUAAGAACUACCUAAAGGCCUUGGGACUUUGGUCCAGAGACCGUCCUAAAGAGUGCGCCCACAGUAAGUUUGUAAUCCUGAGUACAGUGGAAAUGUGGGUUUUACGACAGGAAUAUGACGAUUUCACGUGCGUGGCCAUCUUUGACGAUCUGCAUAAUCGGUACGGCCAGCAAAAUCGAACGUCGGGUAAUAGUUACAUAUGAGAGACUACAUAGUGCCACAAAAUUCUUUUUUAGUAACAAAAUAAAAUUGUAUCUUCCAUCCGUAAUAAUAAUAAAUAAUAAA